AUGGCGUUUUUGUUCAACAACGCUUCAAUUUCAUCUCAUUUACGUUCUUCUUCUUCUUCACAGACGGGUGAUGCGUUAUCGCUAUCUCGUCGUGGAUUCCACGUCGAGCCAGGAACUCGUGAGAAAGCUCUCUUGGCUGAAGAUGCUGCUUUGAAGAGAUUCAAGUCUCAUAAAAAAGGUGUGCAUAGACUGAAAAAGAUCGGAGAUGUGCUCACAGUUGUUGUUGUUGCAGCUUCGAUGAGAAAGGAAGCUAAGGCUGCAUGA